AGAUGGCAUAAUCUACUUCCGUACAUAUGGACUAAUACUUUCUACUUGAUGAUGAAAAGAAAUACAAUGAAAUAAAACACUAUUGCUGGAAUUACUAUUUAAAUUAAUCCAAACUAAAAAAAAUAAGGUUGAAGCAUUGUUAUAAAUUGACGUUGUUUUACAGUUCAGAGUGACCAGCAGAAAAUCAGUAAAUAAAGUUACCUUAUUGAAAAUUGUUAUUGAGAUAUUUUGAAAUGCGUAUAUACAUUCCCAUAUCGAAAUCAAUUUAACUGUCAGUUGAAAUAUUAAUUAUACAUUUGUUUAUAGAUGAUAUGAAUAGUGAAUACGGUUAAUAAAUUUAUAACAACAAAUAAUUGUUCUAUUAAAUAAUUAUUUUAUGUAUAAAAAAAAAAAAAUGACACGAAAGAAAAAUAAUUUAACAGUGUCCAUGAAAAGAUCAUCGAAUCGUAAAACUACAAUUGACGCAAUAAAAAGACAAGCUUCAUAUGAAAGGUUAAUAACAUUAAUUAAAGAAAGUAGAAAACGUCAAAUCAAGAAAGCAAAACAAUUUCAACAAAAUGAAAAAGUAUCAACAUCUUCAUUGAAUGACAGUGUUAUCAUUUUAAGUGACAAUGAAAAUGAACAAACUGAAAAGAUGAAAUAUACUACUCAAGAUAAUAAUACAAAUGGAACUGUACAUUCUACACUUGGACAACUUUUUAAAUCAUUUCAAUGCUUACGUAAAUCUCAUGAACAUGGCAUUUCUAAUAGAAUUGUGAAUAGCACAGAAAGUAAUAAAUCAAGAAGAAGUAUCAUAGAAUGUUCGAGUCCUGAUACAUCAUGUUGUAUAAUUUCAGAUUCAACAAAUUUGAAAUCUAAAGUUUUAAAUACAAGUUCUACUAAUGAAAUAUCUUCAAAUAAUAAAUUAAAUGAAUCUGUCGAUGAUAUUGUUGUAGUAUGGUCAUCCAUAAACAAUUCAUCGACAAAUAGAUCUAUAUCAAAUAAAACAGACAUAAAAGAUAUCUCAGAUGAAGAAAAUCAAUCACGACUUUUUAUGUUAGAUUAUGAUGGAGAUCCUAGCAAUCUAACAUGUUUAAAAUCAGUUUCAGAAGAACAUGAUAAGGAUACAAAUAAUGAUAACGAUCUACUAUUUAAUAAACCUGGCUUACAGUUACCUCAUUGUUCUAAACCAAACUUUUCUAUUAAUGUAGAACCUCAAAAAAAUAUGAGAAGGAUCAGUGCAAAAUUUUAUGAUACAACAUUUAAUGCCAAGCAAGUACAACUUGAACAAGUAAAUGAAGCAGACCAAAAUAAAUCUAAGAAAUUAAGGGAAAUAAUUAUCGAUGGCUGUAACGUUGCCAUGGCACACACGCAUGGCAAAUCAUUCUCGGAAGCAGGAUUAAAAUUAGUAAUAGAUUAUUUUCAACAGAGAGGACAUUCUGUUAAAGCAUUUGUACCUCAACAUAAACGAUCUCUCUCUCAUCGACUUCUUGAAAAACUGUGGAAGGAAGGAACAGUUGUUUUUACACCAAGUAGAAGCAUUGCUGGUAAAAAUAUUACUUCUUAUGAUGAUAGGUUUAUAUUGGAAUAUGCAACAAUGUGCAAAGGCAUAGUUGUUUCUUUAGAUCAAUUCAGAGAUUUAUACACAGAAAAGCCAGAAUGGCGGGAUACUAUUGAAAAUCGAUUAUUAGCACCAACUUUUGUAGGAAAUUAUGUUAUGUUUCCUGAUGAUCCAUUAGGAAGAGAUGGUCCUACGUUGGCCCAAUUUCUAAGACACGAUUCAUAACAUUACUUUCAAUUAAGAACUUAGUUACACAUUGAUCACACAUCACACAUUAAAUAUUUCAAAGAUUACAUUUAAUUUGAUAGUUACUAUAAUUUUUUAAGUGAUUUUUUUUUGUAUCAUUAUUUUCUUGUAAGUCCUAUGAGUUGAGUAGAUAUAGAUGUGAGCACAUCUAUAUAUAUAAUGAAAGGAAAAAAAAAAAAAAAAAAAAAAAGUAAGAUAAAAAAGAUAAAAAAAAAUUAUACAAGCACCUAAUUUGUGUAAAUGAAUGCAAAUGUUUUACACUAAUUUGAUUUUUUAUAUAAAUUAAAUUAUAUUAUAUAUAUAUACAUAUAUAUAAUAUAAAAGAAAAUUUAGCAAAUAAAAAAGGAAGUUUGGCAAAUUUAAAUAAUUACACAACAAAAAUGGGAUCUAUUGUUUUUUAUAUCACAUAAAAGAAGUUACUCGCUGUAACAAAAUACACUUCGUGUUAAAUUUCUAUAAGUCGAAAAACCAUAAGACGGGUAUAUAAAAAAAAAUAUUUCUAUAAUCAUAUAUAAUAUAUAAAUGUAUAUUUUUUAUUUCAUAUUCAAAUAUUCAUUAAAUGGUUUUUCGAGUUAUAAAAGUUCAAGUAACAGAAAUUUAACCAUGUAUAUAUACAUAUACAUACUUAUUAUUAUACUAUAUUAUACAAUUGUAUAUAUACGCGUAUAGAAUUUAUUUAUAUAAUAAUAAAUUAAAUAAGCAGCUCUAAUACAAAUACAAAAUAUUAAUUCUACUAUGAUGUUGGGCAAUCUUAAAUCAUAAUUUUAAUAGCCUACGUUAUAUGAUAUAAUUAUAAUUAGGAUUUAUUCCAUGUAGGUAUCGAGCACCACUUACGAGAUUUACGAACAAAAUCCAUACUUUCUUGUGCAGUUUCACGUGCUAAUCGUUGCAUCAUGUUUUCAUCCUUUACAUUUUGAUGUGCACUCGACAAAACAGCUUCGUGUUCAAAAGCUGAACUAACAGCUGAAACGAAAAAUAUUUUGCUUUUUAUUUUAUAUAUUAUGUUUUCUAAUAACAAGUUUGUACUUUAACAAAUAUUGUAUGUGUGAUAUGUCACAAUCUUACUCGAAUUAGCAAAUAAUUUUUUUAACACAUAUUCGUCAUCGGAAACUUCCGUAGGUUCUUCUACAUGUGAUUUAAUUAAACGUCGUCCAAUCAGAUAAGAUACAUGCUCGCCUUCGAACAAAGCAGAAAUAUUAUGCUUUUCUGUACGUGAUUUCUUUUUUCUCUGUUGUUGAUUUUUGUUAUUAGGUUUAUCAUGCAAUUUUAUUUCAUUAAUAUUGUCAGUAAAAAACUCAGUUGUCAUUUCUGAUUUUAAUCGACUAACUUCUGAAAUACUAUGAUCUUCUGUAUUAUCCAAACUUGCAUCAGGCAAAACUGUUUGUUCUUUAUUCAUUAAUUUCUCUUCUAAAUGGUUUUUUUUGGAAAUUGAAUUUGUAUUAGGACUCUGAUCAGUUUUAAGAUCAUCCAUUUCAGUAUUUGUAUCAUAACUUUGUGUCAUGUUAUUGUAUCGAGUAUUUAAAAUAUUAUUGUUAUUAUUAUUACUAUGAUUAGACGAAACGUUAGUUACAUUCAAAUUAACAUUAAUGGGAUGAACUUCGGAUGCAGUUAGAUUAUUUUCAUUGUUACAUAAAUUAUUAGUUUUUGUUUUAUCAGCAAUCUUGAUAUUAUCCUCUGGAUCGACAGGUGAAUCAUCCAUUUUUUUUUCAAGAUCCUUUGUAAUCAUCUGCUUACUUAUAUUUUUACUAAGGGUCGAAGCCAAUUUCUUCAUUUUUUUAAUUUUAUUAGAAGAAAAUUUUAACGAAUUGGGUGUUAAUUUAGAAUCUUUAAACAAUCGAUCUGAUUCAGAAGAUUCCCCAUUUAUAGGUUCAUUGAGAUUAAAUAGUUCCGCUAAAUCUGUCGUUUUAAAAAUUUUUCUCUGUCUUGGAUCAUCCAAAACCUUAUUCGAAAGCAAUAAUUUAAAAAUUUGCCUAUGGUAUAUCUGUAACAUAAAAGAGAGUUUUUUAUUAUAAAAAAAAAAAAAAGAAAAAAAAAAUGCAAAGCAAAUUUUGUGUUACCUUCUCUUCGAUUGUACCAGCAGUAAUAAGUCUGUAAAUAGUAACAUUUUUAUUUUGACCAAUUCUCCAAGCACGUUCUCUUGCUUGUGCAUCGGUUGCAGGAUUCCAAUCAGGAUCAUAAAUAACUACACGAUUUGCUCCAGUUAAAUUCACACCUAAUCCUCCUACACGUGUCGUUAGUAGAAAUAUAAAAUAUGAGGUAUUCUUUAAACAUGAAAAAAAUAAUGUUAUUUAUAUUAUUAUCAACAUCAAACAUAAGAAAGAUAGAUAGAGAGAGAGAGA